AUGGGCGCCUCCAUGCUAGGCGACCCUCCUCACUGUCUCCGCCCCCACAGACUCACACAUUUGCCGAUGCGAAAUGGGUCUUCUUCUUCCUCUUCCUCCUCUUCCUCUUCUUCCUCUUCUUCCUCUUCUUCUUCUUCUUCCUCUUCCUCCUCUUCCUCCUCCUCUUCCUCCUCUUCUUCCUCUUCUUCCUCUUCCUCCUCUUCCUCCUCUUCCUCCUCUUCCUCCUCUUCUUCCUCUUCUUCCUCUUCCUCCUCUUCCUCCUCUUCCUCCUCUUCCUCCUCUUCUUCCUCUUCUUCCUCUUCCUCCUCUUCCUCCUCUUCCUCCUCUUCUUCCUCUUCUUCCUCUUCCUCCUCUUCCUCCUCUUCCUCCUCUUCUUCCUCUUCUUCCUCUUCCUCCUCUUCCUCCUCUUCCUCCUUUUCCUCCUCCUCUUCUUCCUCUUCCUCCUCUUCUCCCUCUGCCUGUGUGGCUCCGAAGGCCGUCGGAGGCCUCUGGCGGUCUGUUGAGUCGAGGCCUGGAAGCGAAUUAGCCGACCAGGAAGGACAGAGAGAAGCAGAGCGUUUGCGAGAAGAGAAGAGCGGAAGAAAUGGCGAGUUUUUGCGACGCUGCCGAGAACUGCUGGACGGACGAACUCCUGGACGUAAAGAGGAGCGCUCCAGAGACACAGACGGAGAAGACUGGUCCCUCUGCGGUAGGAAAAAAGGUGAAGGACACCAUGAGAAGCGCGACCCCCGACUUUUCACUUUCCACGUUCACGAUGAAGAGCUUUCCUGCCCGCUCUCGCGCUUUCUGUCGCAGCCUGAACUCCCGUCGCUUCCUCCGUUGCGAGAGAUCGUUGAAUGCCUCGUCCAGCUUCCCAAGCUCCCGGCCUCGACUGUGCGCGUCUACUUAGACACUCUCGCUCUCCUAGGCCCUGCAGUUGUUCGCGAAUUCGCCAAUGCAUGCGCCAGCCGAUUUCCGAGACCUCGAAGCAGACGCAUGCCCUGCCUCUGUCGGGCAGCAAAAGAGUCGAGCGCUGGGGACUUUUCGCCUCUGUCUCCGUCCUCGGACAAUGUGAGGAGCCGACCGCCGCGCAGGCCGCCUCGAGCGGAACGCUGCCCUGUUGUGGGGGUCGCGGAGAUGAGGAAAGAAGGCGCAACUGAAGACGAGGGAGAGUCAGGAGAAGAGUCUCGGACGAAUCCCUCGGUGUCAGCUGCUCGACUUCCCCGCUCUUCUUCUGUGUCGCCUCCUGCUUCUCCUGCAGCUCGGGAAAAGGUUCGUGGAGGCGUUGAACGAAUUGAGUGGGGUAGAGAGCGAGGCGGUGAGACGCAGGAGAAUGGUCGACAAGAAUGGAAACAGGCGUCUCUGCUGGCUUCUCCAUCCCCUGUGGAAGACCAUGUGUGCCUUUUGGCCCUGUCGCUCCAACGUCUUCCUUCAGUCGCUGCGCCGCGUCUCCGCCGGGCGCUUCUCGCCAUGCAUGCAGACUCUUCUGUCUCGUUUUCGCAUGCCCACUUCAUUGCCCGUCCCCAAAGUGUCUCUCGCCGCUCGUCUCUGCCCUCCCGCGCCUUCUCUUCGUCUUGUCUGGAACAGGACUCGCCGGCUGCGACUGGCGUCCGCCACGGGAGCAACCGAAGCCGGUCUCCGUCGGAGUCCUUGAGCUCCCCGACUGCGGUCGGAGCCGGUGGCGCCUGCGGAGGUUUGGAGGACCUUGGCCCGCUGCCUCUCGCUGCGGCGUUCCGACGCUCGCUCUCCGUCCACCACAAAUUUGGUCGAGACGAAGAGGACAACGGUCCGGCGGAUUCGGCGACAGCUUGGAACCGUCAGACCCUCUCGAGGCGCCGGAUGUGCGAGGCAGGAACCUCGAGAGGCGACUCGAGAGAUCCGAGGGAGACAGUUCGCAGGCGUCACCUUGGAAACCACACAGUCUGUGGAGAAGCAGCUGCGCUGGCUGCGCAUGCACUCUUCAGUCGGUCGGUUUACAAGAGACGCCUCGGCGGCGCUUCCGGUCGGCCAGGAGUUCUCGUCGAGAGGCUUGCACAGUCUUGCGAGCGACGCUUUACACAAGACAGGUCCAGUUCUUCUUCCUCGUUUCUGCCCGACGCAGAGCGCGGGGAAAAGCCGGCUUUCGACCGCGAGAACAGUCGCAGCUUCUGCAUCCCGCCGGCGACACAAAAGAGCCUAAACAACAUCCUGGCGCUGGAGGAGCGGGAGGAGCGGGAGGAGGAGGAAGGAGAACGGAGAGCCUCACUGGCGGACGUAGCAGCCCUGUGUCAACCCACGAAGAGGUUCGAGACAGGAUCAGUAGAUUGGAGUUGCCUUUCCUCGACUCGUGACAUUUCGGUCCGCGACCAUCGAGGGAUGAUUCUGCCCUCGCGUCUGCUCGCGGCUUCACGGACUGUCGCUCAGACGCCGCGGCGUCGGCCAGAGACGCCUCGCUCGCUUGGUCUUCAGAGACAGACGGCUCCAGAGGCCGGUCCGCGAGGCGACGGGUGGCGGCGCCUCAGCCUCCGCGGAGCUCGUUUCCACGGGCAGAGGGGCGCUGAGAGCGCUGCAAGUCCUGCCGUUUCUCUCUCUGACGACUUCGUGCUUGCAGACGCCGGAGGCAGAGAGCGAGGCGCCACCCACAACGCCCUCGGUUUUCUCAGGCAGUGGACAGAAUGCAGCUCUGCAGCAACUCGCGCGGGCCGGCUCUUGAGUGAGGCGCCGGCGCCCUGCCCGCUGAACGGGAGUGGUUCGUCUCUCUUCUCGACGCCUGCCGUGUCUUUCCUUCGCUCUCCUGGAUCGUCGCCGCCAGACGGCGUCGCGCCAAAGGAAGAGAACCUCUUCUUUCUGCUUCGCCUGCUCACGCGCUGGACCAGACGCCUUCUCGGCGCUGCGGCCGCGGCCGCGGCGCAGGCGAAGGCCCUCAAGGCCUUGAAGGCGCGCGCGGCCCCAGGCGAGGCCUCCGGCGCUUCACUCCGCGGCGGCGCGCUGGCAUCCGCUUCGGACAAGAAGCGCCUGGCGUCUCGGCAGGCUCAGGAGGAAAGAGAAGCGAGAGACGGCGGCGAAAAUCCGAGAGACGAGGGCCGAGACGAAAGCGCCACACAGGCCUCCGGUUGUUUGUUGAAUUCUGUGUUUUUCUCGAGUUGCCCGAAGGCUGCCGAGGUCGGAAAAGUCUGCGGCACUGCGGCCUGUCUCAGUGGAUGCCUUCGCCUGGGACCCAUGUCGCGUCUGGGGGAUGGUCUGCUUCACCAUCAAUUCGUUUCGCUCCUCUUUGCUCUCGCCUCGCUUCUGAGUGAAAACGCUCAGACCGUGACGCUGGCGAACGACCUUCUGACUCUUCUCUUCUUGCAGAUUUUUUUCGCUUCCUACCAACUCGAAACCUCUGCGCCUCGCUGGGUUUCUUCCUUCUCUCCGUCCUCCUCGUCCACCUCUUCUUCUCCUUCUUCUUCUCCUUCUUCUCCUUCUUCUUCUCUUUGCCGUUUUCCUCUUGCCUGGUUUUCGGGCGGUGAAGUUCAGCGUGCUUGCAUGCGCGGGAAGCGAGAGACGGCCCAGGAGGCUUGCGCGGUCGCUUUUCCUCGCUUUCUUCAGUCUUGCCUGCACUCCGACUCCGGCAUGCGGCAGCGCAGGAUUCUGCGGCUUGUUCUCUUCGAGUUGAGGGAACUGGCCUUUCUUUUUCUCGCGGGAGUCUUUGCUCGCCUUCCCCCGCUGCGGACCCCUCGCCCUCGAGGGUCGUUUGGAGACAGAAGCGCCCGGCAGCUGUCUCUGCUGGGGGCCUUUCCACGCGGACCUGCAGCCGUCGUCGAGACUUCUGAGAGGACGCAGAAACUUCUCGAGAGGUUGCGUGAAAUCGUUCAGAAUGCACUCGUCCUGCUCCGAGAUGGAAGGAAUUCAGGUGCAACCAGUGGAGAGGCGCGAAGACUCCUCGACGGACGCCACCUUCCCCACACAGUCGACCAUCUCGCGCGAGAACGCACUCACAAUCCUUCUUCUUCUUCCUCUUCUUGUGCUUCUUCUUCCUCUUCUUGCGCUUCUUUUUCUCCACCUUCUUCACCCUCUUAUUCUCCUUCGAUUCGUUUGCUCGAGAGGCAAAUGGGGGGUUCCGGGCAUGCAGGCGCCGCGCUGGGCAGCCGCGUCUCGACUUGGUGGGUCGAAGGCACAGUUCUCCGGGCGUUUCUCGCUGCAAAUCUCCUCCCGAGUCUCCAGCUCUGCCUCGCCUCGCUCUCUUCGUCCACGAUCUCUUCUUCUUCUUCUUCUGUUGUCUCUUCUUCGACCUCUUCGUCCGUCGCUUCCUCUCCUCCCUCGUCGUCUCCUCCCGCGUCUGAUGCCGGUCCGUUUUCCUCUGUUUCUUCGUCUGCCUCUCCGCAGUGGGGAGCCGCACGUUGCGUCGCGGCCGGCGAGCGGUCGCAGGUCUCGAGAGAGGAGACAGGAGAGGGGAAGAUUGCUAAGUGGAGGCGAAGCGUUUCUGGUCAGGAGGCCGCAGAGGCGUCAAGAAGGGAGGAGACGGCGCGCAGGCGCUUGGUUGUUGCUUUCAUCGACAGCGUCGUGCAGUUGAGCGGGGAGAUCGUUCGGCAACAAGCGGGCCUCGACACAAAACGCGACGAGAGACACCCUCCCCGCCGAAUGCGUUCUUCGUCUCUCGCGCAUUUGCUGGACUCGUCUUCUCUCGCGGUCCGGUGUUCUCUCGCUCUCACAGGUCGCGACGCUCUUGCGGGCCUUUGCGGCUCUCACUCCCCGCAAGAAGGAGACAACUCCGACGACGACAAUCACGCCUUCCAACAUCGGUGCCGGCUGCUCUCGUUCGCCGGACUCGCCCUGGGCGGCACCCUUUCCGCGACGGAGAUGAACGCGGGGAAAGCGGAUCGUUUUUUAAAGGUCUCACGGAGCCGUGGUGAGAAGGAAGAGGCAGGCGCCGAGAGAGAAGCCUUUGCCUCUCUCAGUGUCUACGGCCAGAGACAGUUCCUCUCUGCUCUUCUUUCCUCGUUCGCCGCCUCGUCAACAGCCGCCGCUGCUGUGCCCUCUGAACGACGCCUGCAAACAUACAGCAGAGGAGAAAGGCGGCAACGAGAAGCCGAGCAAAGAGAAGCUGAGCAAAGAGAAGAGGAAAGAAGGAACCACCAAGAGGGAGAAGGAAGGCGAGGCGCCGCGAGAGGAAGACGCACUGCCGCCUGCAACCAGCUCGUGACCUGCGGCGUCCUGGGCCUCCUUCAAGGCCUCAGUGCUUGCGGUUCAAGGCCUUUCGCGGCAACUUCAGCAGACCAGCGAGAGGAAGGAGAGGAAAGAGAAGAAGAACAUGCAGGGAGGGGAGAGCGAGACCAGGUGCAUGCAGCCCACCAGAAACGAGCAGGCAAAGAAGAGUGGACGCUUGAGAAUUCCAGAAGAGACGCGGUCGACCUCGUUUGGACUGCCGUCGUCGAGGAUAUGCUGGUCCAGAGCAGUUGCCAGGUUCUUUCCGCUCUCCUCCGAUCUGGCUGUCUUCCUCGCUCCGGCGACACAGUUGCGCUUCUUAUGUUUCUCCUGCAUCUCUUCGAACAUCAGCUUUUCCUUCUGUCUUGCUGCCUCGCGUCUUCUCUCUCCCCCGCUUCUCUCCCUGUGGCGUAUCGGUCGCCUUUCCUCCUCCAGCACCCAGCCGGGAGAGGCGGCGGAGAAGCAGAGGCAGCGAGGCCGGAGAGCGACGCAGAAGGCAACUCGACAUGCGAGGGCGAGAGAGAUCACGCGGAGGCAGAGCACCAUGCGAAACGGACGCGCGGAGAGGUCCAGGGAAACGGUGGGGAAAAGGCGUUCAAAGGAAGCCAAUCAAGACGACAAAUUGAACAGAGAGACGGCAUUGCUGCCUCUCUGUCGCGGCUUCUGUCUUUGUACCUUCGCGACUGCAGCCGAGGAGGAAGAGUUUUCGAAGACCUCCCGGGCCUCAUCACCUGCAGCUCUGCUCUCCUUCACGCGCUUUUCCGCGACCCAAAGUGGUUCUUCUUCUCCCCGUCCUCUUCGCUUCCGCGCGUCUCCAGUUUCCUCCGCGUUCUCUUCUUUCGCCUCAUCUGCCUCUGCUCGUGCGAUGGGUGGAUGUGCCGGACGCCUUCUCACUCUCCUGCGGGGCGACGCCUGCGCGCAGCAGCGAGCUACGAAGCCGCCAGACAGAACAGGAAAGAAGGCGGACGAAACGGAGAGGCUCCACGAGGAGGAGAACGAACGAGAGACUCGCGAAGGCUGACAGAGGGACAUCAGCAAGCGCUGCAUGCCGCGCUCCUUCUCUCUCGGAGCAGACCGGUGAAGGAGGAAACACAGACUGUCAACGAAGGAGAGGAAGCACAAGAGCAAGGAGACAGAAAGGGAGAAGACGAAGCGUUUCAGCGCAUCAGUGCUCACGAGGCUUAUGAGACCUCCUGCUUGCUUCUGCGAGACUUCCAAUCUCUUCUUCUCCCUCUUCUCCAGUACGCCGGCACAGAGCGAACAAGCGAAGAAGGUUCUGACCUCGACGGCAGCGUGCUACAUAGAGAGAAGGAGAUGCUGCAGCUCAUGACGCUGUUCCACCACUCCACGUUUGUCGUCCUUGCCGCUUCUCUCAACGCGACUGAGCGGCCCUCGCUGCCUUCUGCUUCGAGCGCGGAAGAACGAGACAAGAACGAUGCGCGCCAUGGCACCUCUGCGGGGACUGCGAGUGCAUGCGACUUAGAAUCUCAGGACGCAGGAGCAGAGACAGGGAAGCCGCCGUGCGACAGCGAUGGUGCUUCCGACCCUCUCCCCCCGCUCGGGUGGACGUCGUCAGUCUUCUCGUUUCUGGAUCGAGGAAAAAUGGAAAGGCAUUUCUCUCGACACAACGGAAGUUCCGUUUCGGCCUGUCGCAGGCUCCCUCCUCGGCACCCGCAAGAAGGCGCGACGAGAGACGCCUCGUCGCCGGACGUUGGCUUCGCGGCGUUUUCUGGUUCUUCUCACAAGACAGGACGCCGGCGAGAGGAAGACGAAGUCGCACCCAGAUUGCUGCUUGCCGAACGAGAUGAAGCGAGGGAGUUUCGGCGUUUCCUCGCGACUCUGGCGCCUGCGCGCGCUCAGAGUCUCCCUGUCUCGUUCUGUCCCCUGUCUCCUUUUGCUCGCCAGGCCGCAGCCUUCGUUGUGCGCCAGCAGCUACUGCUCCUCGGCAGGAGCCUGGCUUCCGCUGCAGCGCGUUCGCCUUCCUCGACACCCUUCUCAGAGAUGCUUCGCUUUAGAGGAGAGCCGGCAGUGGUCGAUCCAGAAGGGGGAGGCACUCAAGACGUCUUGGGAGGCUGGAGAGGCGCGAGGAGGCCGCCGAGAGCGAGAAGCAGCGCGAGGGGAAAGGGGAGUCAGAGAGGAGGAGUGAGAAGCGGAGAGUGGGCGAAGAGCUCGGCGCCGGUCGAGCUGAGAGACACUGAAGCCGUCUGUAGACACGCUGCGGCGCAGAUUUGGCUGCUGGUUGCUCGCGAGCGCGUCGCGGCGCUCCUGGGGGCUGCGGGGGCGGCGGUGCCUGGAGGCGCUCUGCGGUCUUGGGGGCAUUGGUCGUCUCAAGCCUCUUCGCUGUCUCUACCGCCUCUGUCGUUUUUCUUCUUCUCACCUGCGCCGGCGCGAGGAAGCGCGUCGGCGAGCGCAGAUAAGGCGACAGACCCCCCAAGAGAGACAGUAUGGCCUGCGAGCAGAGCCAUGCGCCUGAGGCUCCUCAAGAGACUGAACGCCCUCAGCCAGGAAGAAGGCCUUCUGCAACUCGCUGCCUGUCUUUCGCCAUGGAGCCUCGCCGUCGAAGACUGCAGAGAGACGCAGACAAGGCAAGACGCAGAGGCAGAAGGAGAGGAGGAAGAAGGAGAAGAGGACGACGAAGAGGACGAAGAAGAGGACGAAGAAGAGGUGGAGAGGAAGAAGGAGAGACGGGAGAGAAGAGCAUGUGAACGGAAGAGCGGUCUGCGGGAGAUAUUGCGCGAGACGCCCCAGGAAGAGCAACUGCCAUUACCUGUGUUUAGACGCGUGGAAGGUGAAGACGCCGCCGAGUCAGAAUGCCGGAGAGAAGAUGCUUUGCUUUUCCUGAACCAAAUCCUGUUGGCCAUGCUGCCGGCCCCAGCUCGGCCGUUCGCAGCAGAUCUGCCUCUCGCCUUCUUGUGGGUCGCCGUCGCAGCCCAGCAACUUUUCCAAAGGCGAACAGAGCAUUUCUGUAGCUGCUCAGUCUCUGCAUUUGCGGCGUCUCUUCUCGGGGCCUCCCGCCUGGCGCUUGCUCACCUGGACGAAGCAACUUUCUCGUCUGGAUCGCCUCAAGAGUGGACACAAGAGCCUCUGAAAAAGGAUCCUCGCGUCUCUCUUUUCCAUCUCCAAGGAAAACUGGCAGAACUCGCAGCCGACCGCUGGUUCUCUCGUCUCGAACGAGGCAGUGCGUCAGCCUCUCUCGCAGUCGGGUGGCUUCCGAAGUCUGCUCCUGCACCUUGUUCCAGUUCUUCGCUUUCCUCUCCUCUUGCCUCCGUUUCUUCUUCCUUCCCUUCACUCUCUGCGAUUUCUGCGAUCCUUCUUCGCGAAGGAGAGGGCCAAGGUCAGGCGACGGGGAAAGGCGAGGGAGAGCCUGCGCUUGUCUUCGCGACGCUGAUGGGAGCCGGAAAGGCAUGCAGGGUCCUGCUGCAGACGCUUCAGAACCUCGUGCGUUUGGCUUGCGCUCCUUGUUCCCUCGCCUCCACUCUCUGGACUCUUCCAGCCGCCUUCGCGUUCGCCUCUGGCUGCUCUGCGGACUGCAGUUCGGCUUCUGCGUCUGUGGCUUUCUCGCGGCAGCGGUCGCCCGAGGGUCUCGCGCGCCUGGUGACAACACAGAAGGAAAUCGAAGAACGACAACAUGCCGUUGUCUCGCUGCUCACGCGCCUCUUGCGCGUCGCGCCUGCUCUCCUCAACUCCGUCGAGGCGGUCUCUGCCCUCGUCCAGACCAUCGCCGUUCUGGGAGAGUCGCUGCAGCUCGUCGCAGCCUCGUUUGAAGAAGCACCGGUCCCCCGAGGAGACGCAAAGAGGCGGCGACAGCUGCUCAAAGAAGCCUCGACUAGAUCCCCAGGUUUCCUUUCGAAAGCGACGUCGUACUUUCUUCCGGGGGCGACGACCCGUCUCCCCAUUUCCAUCUCUCUGCUUCAUCAGCGAACCUCCUCUUCGGCCGCGUCGGCGUCUGGCGGCUUCUCCUACUCCAGUGGCGCUGCCGCCACAGACUACACGGCCUCUGCUGUGGCGCCUCCGCCAAUAUCGUCUCUGCCUUCACCUGCCGAGCCUUCUCUCUCUGUUCCAUCUUCUUCUCUGCCGUCUCCGUCUUCGAUGCCUCCUUCUUUCUUCCCCGGUCCGCCUCCGUUUGCGGCGUCUGCCCGGCCUCUUCGCGUGGACGUUUCUGCCUCGGACUCGGCUUCGCUGGCUCUCUCUCGGCGUCUCCAGAGCGUUCGCGGUGCCUCUUCCUCCUUCAGCUGUGGGGUGGAGAGCAAGAGGAGACGGAGGCGCGAGCAGGGGAAGAAGCGAGGCUUCCUGGAGGCUGCCGAUCGAGACCUGGAGGAGGAGGAGAGAUUUCUGGGCGUCCUGCGGUCUUCGCUGCUGUCGCUGUUCUCCUCGCUUCGUCUCCUCGUCGACCGGCUCGGCCUUGCAGUCUGGAACGAGUGCAUACAAACGAAGAUCCGAGAGAGUGACAACGUCGCGCUUCUGUUUUAUCUCCUUGCGGUUCUCCUUUCAGGAAAGUCCCGCGAUACCCCCCGAGAGGCCGAUGCGGGCCUUCUCGGAGAUGUACCACCCCCAGCUGUUUAUCUCGCUCUCUGCGGAGACGAGGGAGACAGAGUCGAGCAGACUAGUCUUCAGAACUUCUUCCCUUCUUCUCCAGGGCAGCUGGGGGCGGCGCCUCUGCCGACUUCGCCGCAGUCUCCCUUUCCGAGGCGCCCCCGCUGCCUCUCCUGCCAGGUUCGAGCGCUUCCCUUCUUCAAAAGAAGGGGAGAGAAAAAGCGAGAAGAGGCGCCGAUCGCGGCGCGUCCUUCGACCGGUUCGCUGGCGUCGUCAGGAUCGCCUCAGGUCUCGCCGAUCUGUGAACACUCUGAUGGGUCUCCUCUUCCAGAGUCACUGUUGCUCUCCCUGGCUUCGUCGCUCCCGGCCGAGUCCUCGAGUCGCAGCAGCGACGAAGCGACGACUGCGAAACGCGAGACGAGAGACGUCGUGGUGGCGAGCUCGGAGAGCGCUGGAGGAGGCGGAGGCGAGGCUUCAUCUGAGUCGCAGGCCUCCCUCGCAGGACGGGAGGCGCGAGAAACUCGACAUCCCUUUUGUCCUUGUGCAUGCAGGCGAUGCUCAUCCUUCGUUCCCGGCCUUUCAGGCGCGGAGAUGGAGCGAGAAAGCGAGCGCUUCAUGGGAGGCUCUGGAGAGGCGGCGGCGCCACAGGAAGCUGCGGAGACACUCCGAGAAGCGAAAGAACGGAGAGCCAUGCGAGAAGAGCUGCUCUUUGCCGAUUCAUCUCAUUCUUCGCUCUGUUCUCAUCCCUCCAUUGUGAUUUUCCUUCCCGCUGCUCUCUUGGCAGACUCGGCUCAAAAAAGCGGAAGAAACGCCUCCGAACAACGCGGCGCCGUUGCGUCUCUCGUGGCGUCUCGCCUCUCUGCGGCCUCGCCGACUGCCCGCGCAUCGAGCGCUCCCCUGUGCGGGCAAGCACCGACGGACCGAGGAGGAAAUGCAGAGAACGAAGAGCGUGGAGAGGAGGAAAAGGGAGAGAAGGAAGAGCGUGGAGAGGAGGAAAAGGGAGAGAAGGAAGACGGACGAGCGACAGCGAGCGCCUGCCCUUCUCGCGAAGAAGAGGAACCGAGUUUCCUCUCAGUGAAACAGCCUCGUGGAGACCUCCCGGGCAACAACGCGCGUCUGUCUCUCGCGACAGAAAACAGUGGUAGGGACUUGGAGAGAGAGGGGAAAGAGGAGAAGGAGGAGAAGAAGGAAGGUGAUCCGAGAGAAGCUGGAAAGGACGAGAGAAGAAGAGAGGCGCCAGACCGACAAGACAUAUCGAGCGACAAGACGGCGGCCAGUCCCUUCAGAGAGUCGCUUCGCCUGGUGCCGCUCUCGGAGCCUUCGCGAUGCCCCGCUUCCCGAACUCCUCAUCUCGUCUACUAUUUGUUUAAAGACGGCAAAAACGGUGUCUCCAGUUCUUCGAGGAACCAAGCGGUUCGGUUGUUCCGCGUGCAUUUCGCCUCGUCUUGUCACCAGAGGCCUUCUUCUCCCGGGCCGAGGGUCUGUCGGAGCCUCUGCCUGGCGUCGCUGCCGCCCGCGAUCGCAGACCGCGUCGAGGAGGCGCUGGCGGCGUUUGCGGAGCGAGAGAAGCGAAGGCGAGAAGAAGCGCGCCGCGUCCAGGAGGCUUCAGAGAACUUCGCGGUGGCCUUUCUCCUUCAACUUCUCUCUGCAGCUCUGGUUCGAGGCAGGGAGUCGACAGCACAGACGCCCUUUGAUCUCCUACGCGUCGUGCAGAGCUACGGCGCCUACAUGACCUGCGUCCGGCAGACGAUGCGGGAGACCGGGGAGAGAAGAAUAGGGGAGAGAAGAAUAGGGGAGCGAAGAAUUGGAGAGCGAAGUCGAGAGGGAACGGAGCGUGGAGAGGAAGAGCGAGAGAGAAGACGUUUGACUCUGAACGAACAGUACCACCAAACUGCCGCUGCGUGGAGGAAGGCCCCUGCAUCAUCAGGGAGAAUCGACAGAGCGAACGGGGUCGUGCGAAGUGAGUCGGACGAGGAAGAACAGGAGGAGCGAGGGCGCGAGAACCUUGUCCGCGACGACUGGGGAAGACAUGCUCUUUCUCGAUCCUCUCCGUCGCUAGGCGAUUCACAGAGAGAGAAGGUCAGCUUGCUUUUCGCGGGGGAGCGCGGAACAGAUGAAGCUAGAGAGAGGGCGAGAGGAGAGAAACGCGGGCGGCUCGGGAGGCUGCCUACCGACGGGAACGAAGGCGAAGAAGACAGAAGUGAGGCGGUGCGUCUUCACUUGGAGAAACGAAAAGAGUCAUCGCCGUUGCCCGCGGCGUUAUCAAGUGUACCUGCUCUGGUGGAUGAAUUCGUUUUGACGACUCUGCCUGUCGCUUCCACUUCGGUUUUCUCUCAAGAAAUGCUCGCAUCUGUCUGUUGGCAGGUGCUCUUGGCGCAUGCACCGCAGCUGACAUCUGCAGACUCUCUUUUCUCUGUUGCAAAGACCUCCUUGGACCCUCUCCCGCGCUCAUCUCUCUCCCCUGUCGGCUCUGCCGCUCUCUGGGCCGCCUCGCCAGCCUCUCCGGGCUCUUCUCUCCCUUCUUGUCCCGCGAGACCGCCAGCGAGCGACGACGCCUACACGACGCCUGCCUUUCCUGUCUCCUCUGUCUCUGCGGCCGGCUUCUACUCUGCGGCACCGCCGGCGGUGGUGGCGCCUGCGGCUCUCGCGGGAACCGGGCUAGGUCUGUUCUUUCAGACGUUGCUGAUUCAGGGGGUGCUGGCGAAGCGUGAGAGCUCUGCUUCGUGUAGGAGCCGAGAAGGCCGCCUGCGGCUGAAGGGACGGCCUCCGUUCGCCUUCGUCUCCUCGCUCCACGCUCAGGAGGCUCUCUCGGUCUUGCAACAUUUGACGGGACUCCUUCGCCGCGCCGGUCUUUCUUCUUCUCUGGAGAAGGGCGGAGACACUGUAGCUCGGCAGGUCUGCAGCGCCACUCCGAGGUCGCCUGAAGCUGGAGAUUUCUUUUCAUCUUCGGCAGAGCGCGAGCAUGCACGCAGGCAGGAGGCUUGGCAGAGAUGUAGAGACGAGGUGAGUGAGGCGCUGCGGGUCCACGCUUCUUCGCUCUUCAGCCUCUUCUUCCCGUCUUCCCCGUCCUCGUCCCGCAGAGGAGACACCGCCCAGGAAGGAGACCGUUCGCAGGACGCCGUGAGAUGUGUGCGCGGAGGCGGGGAGACCGGAAGAAAUACGAGGGAAGAGAAGGAAAUCGCAGGCGAACUGGAGCAGCAAACGGACGGAGGCUUGGCCUCUGCCGCAGCCAAGCAAGGCAAGCAGGCAACGCAUGCGUCUCAACUGUCUCCAGAAGGAGACACACACGCAGAGGGACAUCAGGGCCAUGCGAGUGACGUCACGCGAGGGAACGAGGGAGGCCGAGAGGAAGGAACGGGGCGUCGGGUGGCGUACACUGUCUCUGCAAAUGGAAGGGCGACUAUCCCUCGACUGCCGCGCUUCAGCCUCCAAAGAAAAGUGCAUAAACCGAGUUCUCCGAGAAGCGAAAACGCCGAAGACUUCCCACCCCUCUUCCCACAAGAAAAAGAGACUCGCACAAACGCUGACCACGCUCGCGACCUGGCGAACUACGCCUGUCGUCUCUCCCCUGGAGAGACCCUGCUGUGGCUAGCAGCCGGCGCAUGGACUGCCGCUGUGACAUCGCUGUCGUCUUCAGAUUCAUAUGGUCUCCACCCCGGCUUCAUCGACCUGUCUCCUUCUUCUCCCUCUUCCUCUUUGUCUCCUUCGCGUUCUGCACCUUCGCGUUCUCUGGCGUCCACGAGCGACUUGGUCUCCGUGGCUGUGGGGGCUCUGGAGCUGGUACGGACCGUCUCCUCGAUCAGUCAGGAGCCUGGAGGUUUACAGCUGUCUCUGCCUGUCUGGCUGUGGCUGCGCCUUACCUGCGAGCGCGCGUCGUUUCCUCGGUCUGCCUUCUCUUCCAGGGAUGACCGAACAAGUGUGGAGCCUUCGCCUAGGCCGGAAGACAGAGACAGGAGAAUCCGGUGUCUCCCGGUCUCUGCCGGCUCGUUGUUGGGCGAUGCCGGGGAAGCGAGGCACCUUCGAGCUUCCCGUGAAAGAGAGCACCUGCCUUGCGCUGCGAGAAGCCACGACUCUCGGUUUGAGAGGAGCUGCUGUCUGGAAGGCGUCGACGCUUCAGUCGCCAGAGAGCGAGAGGCUCUCCGAGAGUGGCUCUUCGGAGACACCGCGUUCUUCGCCUCGCUGCUUGCCGCGACUUGGCGAUGCAUGCACGCAGAGCUGCUUGGCCAGCAGGCCGGUUUGAUUCUCGAUUUGGAGACGACGGAGAGCCGCCUGAAAGGCGCCAACCCCGCGACCUCUGCAGCUGCUGCGGAUGACCGAGAACUCGAUCUGCCGUCGCCUUUCAACGUCGCGGCCUAUUGGGGCUCUGUGGGAGUGACUCAGGCGUCCAAGGGGGCCUUCGCCCACAGAGUUUUGCCUCGUCUCCAGGCGGUUCAUCGCGACAUUCUUCUCGCUUCCUUCUUCCUUUCGCGCCUCAACCCCCUGCCGCCUCUGCUCCUGUCCUUCACGCAGAAGGGACCUCUUUUCUCGCCACACGCUUCGCUUUCGCCGAUUCAAGACGCCCAACUCGCCGCGACGCUCUACGCGACUCUCGCGGCCCAGAGAGCCGCUGCAGGCGCCACAGUCGCCGCAGUGGCCGCCGUGGUCGGGAGCGUGAGGGGACGCGAGGGUCAUGGAAAAGGCAGAGGAACGAGGCGUCCCCUGAACAAAGUAAAGACGUUUUUCCGCUCUGUUUUUCGGCGGCCUUCGCGGCCUUCAAUGCCGACUGCUUUUCCUGAUUUAUUUCUGUUCGACGCGUCUCUCGUUCCAAGAGAAGACACGGUGGACGUUUCGUCUCGCCCUCCUGGAGCUCGCAGAGAGAGCGAGCGAGAAGACGCAAGCGCCAGGAAGCGGGGACCGAAGAGCGAAGGGAUGCUGUCACCUGCAUGCGAGCCGUCCGCCGCCGUGUCUCCCUUUUUUUCUGAGAGGUCGCGGAGGCUCCUGGCCCCUACGGUUGCCCUUCUGUCUCAGGCGGACACGGCGUUUGUCUGCGCAACGGCUGCGUCUACCGCAGUGCUUCUUUCUUCCGCUUCUCUGUCUCAAGGCUUCCAGGGUCCACCUCACAACUUCCUCACCCUGCUCGCCACUCGCUCACACGCACUCCGCAGUUGGGGCUCGCCGCUCUCGGAGCUGGCCGGUCAAUCGUCUUCGAGCGGUUCCUCCCAUUCUCCAUGUGCAGCGCAGUUCCUCUUUCUCCUUCUCUUUGAGUCCUUCCGAGGGCCUCUGGCUCCGCUGCCUUCACCCUACGGCGCGGGCUUCGCCUCUGCCGCGCUCGACGAGAAGAUCCGUCUCUUCUUCUCGCCGGCAACCCAAGUGUCUCCUUUGGCGCUGAGCUCGCCCCUCGCGUGGUCCGGAGACGAAAGAGACAUCUGGAGCCGAGUCAGCUCGGGGCUCGCGGGGCGCAUGCGACGCGCGUCAGGAGGCGGCAGGAAGGAGGAACGACUCUCAAACUCGAACGAGAAAGCUCAUCGAACAGCGGAACGCGCAGUGGCUUUUCUCUGGACGCCAAAAGUGGAGAUCUGCGUCCCUGGAACCUCUAGAAGUCCUCUCAAUCCCGACAUCGUCACCUCGCUUCUUCUGCCUCUGCUUCCUCCCAUGGUCGCGGCGACCCACCCUCACUCACUGCUUCCUCUACGGCUCUGGUCGUCACGAAAGCGAAGGACUUCCUCCGGAAGCUCCAAGGCGUUUCCUUCUCUCGACCUCCCUUCCCGUUCCUUCGCUGCUGCGAACGAGCGGCGAGCAAGCUGGACUCUGCAUGCACGGCGAGGGCGGAAGGACGAUGAUGAGGGGAUCCGCGGCCGGCGACGAAAAGGCGAGAAGGCCGUCCACUCGAAGGCCGAACGGCGCGACUUUGACACUUCGUGGGGGUUUGCAUCCACGGUGUUUGAGGCGCAAGAACCUUCACUUUUCGCCUCCUUUCUUCUCAGCUCGUUCACGGGGGGACGGAAUGCGGCCGCUGGCAGACUUGUCGCCGACGUCUUCGCGGCUUUUCUGGAAGAAAACGGAGUCACGGGUGAAGAGCGUUUCGACGCAGAAGCUUGCAGCGCAGCAGAACCUUUCGUCUUAACGAGUUGUUCCUGCCGGAUUUGCUUCUUCCUGCACAGUCGCGAGUUCAUCGCCCGAGCAGGUAUCAGGACUCUCUUGGCGUUUCUGACGAGACCCCCAGACGAGUUGUACCUCUCGGAGUGCCACUGUCCCCUGCACCUCGCUUCCUCCUUCUCGCUUUUUUCUCCCGUCGCUGAGGAAGAGUUUCGAGGCGCGGGGGGAUUUGCGGAGAACUUCGAGGACCGUGGGCGAACCAAGGAGGAAACGCGCAUGAUGAAAGAUCUACGCCGGCCUCCGUCCGUCGUCCGCUUCACUGCAGUUUCCGCUUCUCCGACACAGAGUCCACCGUCCCCGACUCCAUCCUCGCCGCUGUCCGCUUCCCCGUCGCGAGCUUCGCCCAGCUCGCUGGUGCAUUCCUGCUUUUCUUCUUCUUGUUCUCGCUCCUUGGCUUUCUUCGCUCUUGCCUCGCGGUGCAUGCAAGAGCGCGACGACGAGGACCAGCUCGCCAGGAGACAUUUCCUUCUGCUAUCGCAGGCGCUUCUUCUCCUCUUCGGGGGCGACACCCCCACGGGCCAGUUGGCCCCGGCGACCCCAGCCCGCUCGCCACAGGCGCCAGCUUCGCUUGAGGCAGGAACGCUCAAAGGACGCUUUGCCCGGAAAAAGGAAGGAGGUGGAGACGGCAGGGAGCUCGUGAGCAGCGUAGCCGCGACUGGUUUGAACCGUAAAGUUCUGAGUGAUAAACCGGUUCAAGGAAAACCUUUGUUUCCUGCUCCGACGUGUGUCUUUCAACUGCCGGAGUGGCAAGGUUUCCAAGUGAAGCCCAGGAGUCCGGAGGCCUCGUUCGCGUCCGUUCUCUUCCCGCUGCCGCGAAGACACAGGCACCAAACGGACGGGCAGGACGCGCAGGGGAGGCUUCCGGACGGACGCUUUGCGUUCAGUCCGUCUUUCCCCAGCUUUUCCUCCCCUCCCGUGCGCCUACCUGUGUGUCUCCUCCACUUGUUUCUCCACGACGAGGUCGAGAGAGUUCGAGCGUGGAGUGCCGCGCGGUCGCCGCUCCUGCAGAGGGUGGCGCCGCGCCCCUCGCUCCUGCGAGAGAAGCCCAGAGGGGAUACUCCCGAAAGCAGAAACGUCGAAAGGAGAGAGGAGAAGGCGACCAAAAGCGUUUCCGAGAGGACCCGUUCCGGCGCGAAGAGCCGGCACCAAGCUCCGGGCGAGCGCGUUUCCGAGAGCGAGCGAAGCGCCCAUAAAGACGAAGCAAAUCGGGAGUGGCAGCGACGGGGAGACAGCGACCCCCGACGAGGCGGGAGGUUUGGACAAAAGUGGAAGACGCUGAGGAAGCGAGGGUCGGGUGGGAAGACGAGAGUGAGGAGGUUGCUUUUGAACAGGAAGACCGGACUCGCCGGCGAUACUUCUGUGAAAAACAGCGACGCUCAAAGUGCGAGGCUGAAGCCGCUCAGGUCUCGCCUCUCUUUUGCUCUUCGCUCCAGGCGCAGGCGUCCCUCUCAGACCUUGCGGUCGCUCUCUGUGAGAGUUGAGGAGAGAGAGUCUGCAGCGGAUGAGACAAAAGGCGAGACGCACACACACAGGCGGAGCGAUCGCGGGGUGAGAGAAGGGGAGAAGGAAAGAGAGAAACGCAGAGACGAAGACAGACGCAGCACCCCUUUGUGGCGUAGAGACUCUUCAGAGUUCUCCCUUGAUUGGAUUCUUCAAGGUGCCGACCUCAGUCUCAUAGCAGCGGCCGCGCACAGAUUUCGAUGGUCGCCGGAAGUUCUCAGAGAAAGCUCGACUCUGCGGCACCUGCUCGAGGCGGAAUCGUGCGACGCGCUUUUGAACGGCUUUUUGGCGCAUGCAACGAGCGGGCGAGAUUCUGCGAACUUGCUCUCGCGACUCCUCCUGCAGUACGCGGGUCUUCGGUCUUUUCCCUCUCCUGCAGAGACUUCAGGUCUUGUCUCUGCGUUGACGCCUUCUUCAGCCGCGCCCAGCCUUCGCCGAAAGAGCGCCAAGGACCGGCAGGCUCCCCGUGGCGUACCCCCGGCCUUCUUUGCCGCCGCGCGGCUGCUGGUCUACGCCUUCCGCUUUCCACUCGCGUUUCUUCUGCAGCUUCUCGCGCCCCACACGUCCGUCGCCGUCGCCCUGGGAGCGCCGCAGCGGCCAGCUCCAGCUGAGGCCCGCGACCGGUGUCUCCGCUUUCUUCUCUGGUACCAGAGGUGGAGCCGCAGCAAAGCUGGCAGGUGCCGCAGGCCGCAGCGCGACUUGAGUCUCCUUCGAGGCCGCAAACGCCCAGAGGAGAAGUCGAGGAGACAAGAAGAGCGAAGACGUUUCUGGGGAAGACGCGAUCCCGAGGCAGUGAGGAACGCCGACGCCACACUCGCCUUCGCCUCGCCUUCUGCUCUCUUGAGCGCCGGUGGCUUCAUUUCUCUUCUCCGGAUCUGUGCAGCGAGAGGCCUGUCGUCCUACCCUGCGUCACUCGUAGACAGAACGCUCUUGCCGGAGCUCAUUCAACUCAUGAGAGUCGACGUAGGUCGCGGGAUGGAGGCUCUGCUUCUCCACGAAGCCGCCGCGGCGAAGGAAGACGGAGAAGGAAGCGGACUGUCAGAAACCUUUCAAAUCGCCGCGGAAGCUGCGCCUGGACAGACGGAUCGACUCGCAAGGAAAUGCAUGCGCCUCCAGCUCGCUCUUCUCCUGGCCUUGCCCCCUGGAAGACGCGAGGCGCUCCGGCGCCAGUACACGUUCUGGAACGCGCUCGCUGCUCUGAGUGGAAAGGCCAAGAAGAUCCUGCCUGCCAGUGAAAGAGGCAAAUUCCUCAAAGAGGAAAUCGAACGCUUGGUGAGUACAACGGAUUUGUCGGAUAUGACGAUGCCCUUGGAUCCGUCGCGCCUUUUGGUGCGCGUUUUGAGCGAGACGGCAACGCCCCUGCAGUCUGCCGCGAAGGUACCCUAUGUACUCACAUUUGAAACGCGACCCGUUCGUCCUUGCUCAGAGCAGCCGUCGUCUGCCGAUGGAGAGACUCCCGUGGUGUCAAGAGUCACAUGCAUUUUCAAAAUGAAUGACGAUGUGCGCCAAGACCAACUGGCUCUGCAGAUCAUCCAGAUUGCUGCGUCUGCCUUCAACCGCGUCGGCGUCGACGUUUGGGUCCGCCCAUACAAAGUAAUUUCGAUGCGCGUUGCCGCUUCUUCUUUUCUCCGUCUGCCUCUGUCUUCUUCAUCUUCUUCGUCCUCUGCUUUCGUCUCGCCUCAAGAAGAGAGUCCUGCUCGAAGGAGGCUCAGGCAGGUGAUUCCGUCUCAGCAGCCUGCGCGAGGCUGUUCGAGCUUCGCCCCCAACGUGUCUUCUCGAGUUCUCGCCACUCCCGUGACUCACCCGGCCUCUCGAGAAGCCCUGUCGGAGACAGAAGAGAAGCGAAAGAGAGACAAUGAAGGGUGUGGGCAGAGCUGCUCUCUCUCCGCUCUGGCGGAAGGUCGAGCGGCGGAGGUAUCUGCGGCAAAGGCGACAGGAGCGCUGCAGGGUGUCUCCUUCUCUGAAGGCGCCUCCGCGCGCGGCGGCCUAAUUGAGUUGAUUCCGGACACCAUCUCAAGGCACCAAAUUGGCAAGAAGUUCGGCUGUUCCCUCCCAGAGCUCUUCUCCCUGACCUUCGCCCAUAGUCGCGAAAACUGCACGAAAGAAAUCGAAGACACAGAAGCAGACGAAGCAGAGAGAGGAAAGGACAGAGACAAAGACGCAGCAGUGCACAUAGAAAAAGGAGGGGAGAAACGGAGGAAAGAAGGUAGAGACCGUGGGGACGAGCAAGAUGGAGGAAAAGACAAGGAUGAAACGAGUAGCUCAGUCAAUGCAGAUGCGUGGCUUGUGCCGAGGCAGGGUGCCGAGAGGUCGAGUUCGAGUCCUUGCGCAGCUGUGCGUCUAGGCUCUUCGCGACAGGCAGAGUUUCGCUUUCGCUGCUUCAUAGAAGGCGAGAGAAAGGACGCAUGUGUAGCGAAGGACAAGUCGCAGAAGAGAGCGAUUUCUUUCACCCGCAAUCUCCAGCAAAAAGGAGAGCGACCGAAUCCUGUCACAGGCAAUGGCAAGGCCCUCUACGACAUGGCCGUGAAGAACUUUGUCAAGAGUCUCGCGGGCUAUGCUGUUCUCUCCUACAUUCUUCAGGUGAAGGACCGGCACAACGGAAAUCUCUUGAUUUCGCGUCAGUCGGGGCGGGUCAUUCACAUCGACUUUGGGUUCGUCUUCGACAUCUCUCCUGGCCACGACAUGCAAUUCGAGAAGGCCCCCUUCAAGCUCACGAGAGAAAUGGUGCAGCUCAUGGGAGGGGACAGUCGGACAGAAAUGUUCAGAUACUUCACACGACUCUGUGUGCAAGGGUAUCUCGUUCUGCGAGAACAAGCAGAUCUCAUCAUCACUUUGGUGCAGGCGAUGCUUCACUCGGGUCUGCCGUGUUUCAAACGUCAGUCUCUGGAAAAUCUAAAGUGGAGAUUCCAGCUGGAGGCUUCUCCCGCGGAGGCCGCUGCCUUCAUGGAGGCGCGCGUGAUGGACGCCUACGAGAACUUCACGACGAAAGCCUACGAUGUCGUUCAGCAUCUCCAGCAGGGGAUUGACUACUGA